AUGAUGCCGGCGAGGGCUUUGGCUUUCCACCCGCGAACGCCGCCGUAUAUGCGUUGGGGCCUCCCGCUGCUAAUGGCUGAAACAAUUCUCAUGUUCGUGUCGAGCAACUCUGGGAUUGGGGCGGGCGUCGUCGUUUCUGUGACAGCAAACGGGCGGCCUGUCGUGGAUUUGCCGCCGACUUUCCAGUUCUCACUCAUCGGAUCCAUCAAGGACAUGUGGCAGGGAAAAGUAUAUGGCCUGGCGUUUCUUAUCCUUGGAUUCAGUGGACUUUGGCCCUACAUCAAGCCGAUCUUGAUGCUGGUCUGUUGGUUUACGCCGCCCUCCCGGCUGAGCGUUGCGAAGCGCCAGGGCUUGCUGAACUUCUUGGAUGCCUUUGGCAAGUGGUCGUUGGUAGACACGUUUUUCAUGGUGCUUUGCAUGGUUGCCUUCAACUUCGACUUGCGAGCUACUACUGAUGGCCCAAAAUUGCUCCAUGAUAUUUUCCACGAGGCUGGUGCCGAAGCUGCGUUCAAUGUCCAUGUUCAACCAGACCUUGGCUUCUUUACCUUCCUCGCUGCGACCUUUCUCUCGCUUAUUGCUGGCCAUAUAACGACUGCCUGCCAUCGCUAUGCGCACAAGCUGGGCGAGUUCGGAGUAGAGGAGGACAACGACAAACGACGACUGUGCUACGUUUUGUGCUCAAGCCCUCUGGAUGUGCACGGCCCCACGAUAUCCAUCGGCGUGUCCCUCUUGUUGGUUCUCUGUGGCACGUUCUUGGAGACCUUCAACUUCAAUUUCCUGGGCAUGGCCGGCUAUGCUUUGGGGGAGGAGGCGCGACACCGCCCAUUUUCGGUCUUCAGCCUGGGCACGAGAAUUCGAAGCAGCAAUCCGGACCCCGACAGUGCCGGGAUUCUGAUCCUCGCAGGAGUCUACUUCCUCUUUACCACUAUUGUCGUGGUCGCUUACCACGUGAUUUUGAUGGUUCUGUGGACUGCUCCGUUGUCCAGAAGAGCACAAAAACAGUGGCUUCUGACCGCGCAGGUGUUCAAUGCCUGGAGUGGCUUGGACGUUUUCUGUGUGACAAUCUUGGCGGGAAUCCUGGAGCUUCGGGAGUUUGCGCAUUUCAUUGUUGGCGACAAAUGUGACGCGAUCAACCAGGCCGUUGCCAAGACGACAUUGGCCGACAAGUUGCCAGGUGGCGUCACCUGCUUUGAUGUGGAGUCUACCCUUCGCGUGGGUUUCUUGAUCUUGGCGCUGGCUGUCGUCAUCUCCACGAUAACUGGCCAUAUCAUGAUGGCAAAGUGCAGCAAAGCUUUAUGCGCACCGCCAGCUGAUGCGGAUGUUCGAGAGGAGGCUUAA